AUGGCCGACACGCCCUUGACGGCGCUGUGCGGCAUCUGCCACUCUUCGGCCCCGAAAUACAAAUGCCCGAGGUGCGCCGCCCGGACCUGCUCGCUCGAGUGCGUAACGCGCCACAAGCAAUGGGCCUCUUGCAGCGGCCAACGCGAUGCUACCGCAUACGUGCCCGCGAGCAAACUCAGGACCCCGGCCGGCAUUGACCACGACUACAACUUUCUCAGCGCCAUCGAGCGCGUCAGGUCCCGCGCCGCACGGGACAUUGCCGAUCGGACGGGCAUCGCAUCCGCCGCCGAGCAGCCGGAAGAAGAAGAGAGGCCGAAGCACGGUCAUCAUCACUUUACGAACGGCAACAAGGGUGUCCAGGUGCGCUUCCGCAAGGAGUGGAGGGGCGAGGAGCUCGUUCAUGUGCCUCUUGAUCCGGCUGCCUAUUGGAAGCAGCAGCAGCUGGAGCAGGCGUUGGCAAAGAACCACACCGUGGAGGGAGCCUCGGAUGAUGAAGACGACGACGAAGCGGCGGAUACCACUAGCAGCUCGGGCAGCUCCGAUAGCGAUUCCGACAGUGAACCCGAAUCGAUUCCAACACAAGAGCCAGUGCAACCUCAACCCGUUGUGACGUGGUAUCCGCAGUCAUUCGGCACUCGUGACAAGGCGAGGUGCAGAGCUUUUGAUAUUGAAGUAGUUGCAGCACCCAAAGGCCUGGCCAGACAACGGGAGAACAAGACGAAAGGGAACAGAGCCACCAGGGGCAUCAAUUGGACCAUUGAAUGGCUGGUUUAUGAGAAAGACAUGACUGAGCCUACGAGGGUACUUCACAGUGCAUCCGACGUCGAACCCAUCUACCGAUGCUUCGCUGGAUCAAUGGAGUGGGUUCGCAAGGGAAAGGAACGGAAAGAACGCAUGGAAGCAGCUGCAGCAAGGCAGAAUGCAUUGUAUCCUCUCGAGGAGGUUGAAGAUGAUGUCCUAGAAGGUUCCAGCAGCGCCAUCCGAAGAAAGCGGCGGAGGAAAGCUCGCAAUGCCGCGUUGGAAUCUCCACCAGGCCAACAGGAACACGGCUCGACUGCAUGGCCAAGUAUGUCGGUGUCGCAUGUUCAAAACCCAUUCACGUCUGCCUGGGUCCAGGAGGAGAACGCUACGGCAACAGCCCAUAGCUGGGACCUUGACGAGCAAGUGGAUCUGAAGCGUACGAAGUGGAAAUACUAUCUGCACAAGCCGGCUACGAAGCCCAGGGUACUGAUCCCUAUCGGCGCCGAGGAACCCCUAACGUCGGUACUGCAGGGCCGGACAGUCCUCGAAUAUCCGACAGUCCAUGUGUUUCCUGUGGAUAUGAUGUCCCAAUUUCCACCACCGGGAUAUGUGACGGGGUCGGUGAGGGAUAGACGGUCGAAGCCUAUCACGAUUAACUCCAUAGAUAUAAAAUCCGUUGUAUCUAGAACCGAUUCCGACUUCAAUUCACAAGGUAUAAGGGGUCAUAGAGAUGAUGGCCAGCAUGAAGAAGACCCAGGCCGCUCUCAUUCGUACCAGAGCAACAGGUCUGGCAGGGCCAUGAGAGGGGGGGACCGCGGUGGUCAGCAUCAAUAUCAGCCACACGAUCGCAAACGGCCCUAUGAAGCCCGCGGCGGUGGUGACAAGAGACAAUCUGGCCGCGGUCGUGGACGUGGACGCGGGAGAAGUGGUUUCGGCCAUCAAGACUAUAAUGAUCGGCCAGCGAAGAGAGGCAGACUUGACAAGAGCGCGGAAGAGGGAGAGGUGGUCAAGGAUAUGGACGAGCACCGCGGUCAUCGCAACCUCUCUCGAGGAGGACCCUCAUGGCGCGGCGGCAAAUCUUCUGUCCAGCAAGCUGCUGAUAGCUCCCACGGGACGAUGGAAGUCGAUACUAAGCAACUGGAGCAGGCUGUCCAGGCCGCUGCCGAGAGUGCGCUAGGAGGGCUAGUCAACUAUUCGGAUAGCGAGUGA